CAUAAGAAAAUGGUGAAAGAAUAAUAAUAAUAAUAAGAAGAAGAAGAAGAAGAAGAAGGACAAUCUCCAUAGCAAAAAAGGGGCGAGAAACUUGAAGUAUUUCUUUGAUUGCAAAUUCUCAAUUCUAUCAAAUUUCUGGCGGUUUGAUUCAGAUUCAUCCAUGGCGACCGAACCCAAGGCAGCCACCGAGGACGUCAAGAUCGAUCUCUUCGAAGACGAUGAUGAGUUUGAGGAGUUUGAAAUCAACGAAGAAUGGGAUGACAAGGAGGAAGGGCAAGAUGUGACUCAGCAGUGGGAAGAUGAUUGGGAUGAUGAUGAUGUUAGCGAUGAUUUCUCUCUUCAGCUCAGAAGGGAAUUGGAGAGCAACAUUGAUAAGAAUUAAACCAUCUGCUAGUAAAUACUGCUGGUUUUUUUUUUUAUCUUGCCUGCAAAUCAAAUGGAAAACUAUCCCUUGUUAGGAAGGAAAUGUGAGACAAUUAGAGCAGAACGUAUGGACAUAAUUCUUCUGCUCUUCCUUAAAGAAUAUCUGCCUAGUAGUUAUUGAUCACGUGUACUUUUAACUGAGUUUUAUUUACUUGGUAUCUAGCUUUAGCAUUUGGUUCGUGUUGUGAAA